GCCACGCGUUUCCCUUCUUCUUUUUUUUUUCCUUUUCUUUUCACCAGCUCAGCGAUUUUUCUUUGGUCUUUGGACUCACUUAAACGUGAGCAACAGCUUGUACAACAGUUGCACUUUCCUCGUUUUAGGCUGUUAUGCUGGCUUUUCCUUUUAGACACUUUGCCAAGCCCCUACAAAGAUGCUGCCAGGCAAGGGGGAGUCUGAGGGCCCAACACAGCAAGGCAGCUGCAACUUCUUCCAAGGAGGCCUCAGGCUGGACCGGGCAGGAGAGUUUGGCAGAGAGUGACCCUGAGAUGUGGGAUUUGGUACAGCAGGAAAAAGAUCGCCAGUGCCGGGGUCUAGAACUCAUUGCCUCAGAGAAUUUCUGUAGCCGGGCUGCCUUGGAGGCUCUGGGGUCGUGUCUCAACAACAAGUAUUCCGAGGGCUAUCCAGGCAAGAGGUAUUAUGGUGGUUCUGAGGUGGUGGACCGCAUUGAACUGCUCUGUGAACGCCGUGCUCUUGAAGCUUUUGACCUGGAUCCUGAACGCUGGGGGGUGAACGUCCAGCCUUAUUCUGGAUCCCCGGCCAAUUUUGCUGCCUACACAGCCUUGCUGCAGCCGCACGAACGUCUCAUGGGCCUGGAUUUACCCGACGGGGGCCACCUGACUCAUGGGUACAUGUCUGAUGUCAAGCGUAUCUCAGCCACGUCCAUCUUCUUUGAGUCCAUGCCUUACAAACUCAAUCCAAAAACAGGACUCAUUGAUUAUGACCAACUUGAGUUAACUGCCCGACUGUUCCGCCCACGUAUCAUCAUCGCUGGCACCAGCGCUUAUGCCCGCCUUAUUGACUAUGCCCGCAUCAAGAAGGUGUGUGAAGAGGUGAAGGCCUACCUGCUUGCUGACAUGGCCCACAUCAGUGGUCUGGUGGCAGCCAAAGUCAUCCCAUCACCCUUUGACUAUGCUGACGUGGUGACUAGCACCACUCACAAGACUCUGCGCGGGGCAAGGUCAGGGCUGAUUUUCUAUCGUAAGGGUGUCCGUUCUGUGGACAAGAAGAGUGGCCAGGAGACCCUUUACAAUCUGGAGGACAAAAUCAACUUUGCAGUCUUCCCCUCUUUGCAAGGCGGCCCCCACAACCAUGCCAUUGCUGCAGUGGCAGUGGCACUGAAACAGGCCAGCUCACCCAUGUUCCAAGAGUAUUGUCAGCAAGUACUGAAGAACUCCAAGGCCAUGGCAGAGGCGUUGCUACAACGAGGAUACAAUCUUGUUUCAGGUGGCACAGAUAACCACCUAGUACUAGUGGAUCUGCGGCCAAAAGGUAUUGAUGGAGCCCGGGCUGAAAGAGUACUGGAGCUAGUGUCCAUCACUGCUAACAAGAACACCUGUCCCGGGGACAAGAGUGCUUUGACACCUGGAGGCUUGCGGCUUGGAGCACCUGCGCUUACUUCCCGACGGUUCCAGGAAGCUGAUUUUAAAAAGGUUGUCGAGUUAAUCGACGAAGGAAUCCAGAUUGGACUGGAUGUCAAACAGAAGACCUCUAAACUGCAAGACUUCAAGUCCUUUUUGCUUUCUGAUCCAGAAACAAAGCAGAGGUUGUCAGAUCUUCGGCAGCGUGUUGAAACCUUUGCCCGUGCCUUCCCCAUGCCUGGCUUUGACAAACGUUGAGAUCUGGUUCAACUGAAGACUGGCUAACCAUGACACCUAGAUGGCCAACAAGCUAGACAUGAAGAGUCCCUGAAGCCUUGUCUCUCAGAGCUUUAUCUAGUGGAGCCCCUCUUCACUUAGAGGUGAUCUCCUUGGCCAUUUCCACCCCCCGUCUAUUCCUUAUCCCCGUUUUAUAAUGACUCAGAACAACUUACUUUGUGUAAAAGAACUUGGCUCUGACUCACAAUACAUGUAUUAGAUUAUGCAGAAUGACUUGUAAGAAUUAAAGUGAUCCACCUCUUUCUAUGAA